GUUCUCGCGCGGUGACGCUCGCGGGAUAUCUCUCUCGCGCGCGCGUUGUCCGUACGUAAUGCAUAACAUCUAAUCACAACUUUAUACAGUACGUCGGACUAGGCUGUGACUGACAAGAUCUUUUGACGCCUCUGCAGUAAUCUUGACAUUAAGCUGCACAUUUAGCUGCACAUUUAGCUUCACAUUUGGCUCUACAUCUUCAAACAAAGUGCUUCCAAUCAAUCAUCACAAUGGCAGAAGCUAAUGAUAGUUAUGAUGAGGAAUAUGAAACGGAUGAUGACGAUGAUGAGAUGUAUGAUGAUUAUUAUGACCAUCAAGGUAUGAUAGACGAUCCUGUAUUUUGUGAGCACAGAGAACCUGACCCAGAGGCCUUUGAAUAUAAGUGUGUAGACACUGAUGGAGCAAAGAAUAUACUCAAAGAAGAAGUCGAUUUCGCUUGUCAAAAUCUGAAGGUCCAGCCUAGAGUUGCAAGAGCUCUACUUAUGGCACAUCACUGGGACCUAGCAGAAGUUCAGAAGAGAACUGAUCAGGACAUUGCCAACAUUCUUGUCGAGACCGGCAUCCUUCCAAGAGCUGAUAAAAGUUUCAUUGCUCCUCUACCUCAGGAAUUGGUGUUACCUGCCAGAACAACCUGUCCAGUCUGCACCUUAGUCAAAACCAAAGAUGAACUGAGGGCUUUAUCAUGUGGACAUUUCUUUUGUUGUGAUUGCUGGAUUACACAUCUCAGCUUCCGCAUCACCGAUGGAACUGCAAUAGAAAUCCGUUGUAUGGCUAAUGAGUGCCACAUGAGAACACCAGAGGAAUUUGUCUUGUCUCUUCUAAAGUCAGACAUCAUGAAGCAGAAAUAUGAACAAUUUGCCUUCAGGGAUUACAUCAAGAGUCACUGGAAAUUCAGAUUCUGUCCUGGUGCUGACUGUUCUAUGGUUGUACAUGCAGACGAGGUCAAAAGGAAGAGAGUUGAAUGUCUACUCUGCAAAACUUCUUGGUGUUUUAAGUGUAGUGAGUCAUACCAUGCACCUGCUGGAUGUGAGACUAUCAAGAUGUGGCUGACCAAAUGUGCCGAUGAUUCUGAAACUGCAAACUACAUCAGUGCACAUACCAAAGAUUGUCCAAAAUGCAACAUCUGCAUUGAGAAGAAUGGAGGCUGUAAUCAUAUGCAAUGCUCCAGGUGUAAGCAUGACUUCUGUUGGAUGUGCCUUGGUGAUUGGAAGUCACAUGGAAGUGAGUUCUAUGAGUGCAGUAGAUACAAGGAAAAUCCUAACAUUGCAAAUGAAUCUGCUAACGUGAAGGCCAGGGAGGCUCUAAAGAAAUACCUCUUCUACUUUGAGAGAUGGGAAAAUCAUUCCAAAAGUCUCCGUCUUGAGGCACAGACACUAAACAAACUCAAUGAAAGGAUACAAGAAAAAGUGAUGAACAACAUGGGUACAUGGAUUGAUUGGCAAUACCUCCUUGAUGCUGCUUCGCUCCUAGCAAAGUGUCGAUACACUCUCCAGUAUACGUACCCUUAUGCCUACUUCAUGGAUGCUGGCCCACGUAAGAAGCUGUUUGAAUACCAGCAGGCCCAACUAGAAGCAGAGAUUGAGAAUCUAUCGUGGAAAGUAGAGAGGGCAGAGACCUAUGACCGAGGGGAUUUGGAAAAUCAAAUGGAUGUUGCAGAGAAGAGACGUCAAACCCUUCUGAAGGAUUUCCAUACAUUAUGAAGGUCAUCUUGUAAGCUUUUACUUUAGCUUUGUAUCACUGGAUGCACUACAAAUCCUAUUCUUAUGGUUGGAUUCAUGAUGUGGAACAAUUGAUUACUUGGAAAAGACCUGAACUAAAGCUCACAGAUCAGAUAUUUUAUCAUAUUUUGACAUUUUUCUCCGGCUGGUGUUUUUUUUUCUUCUCCAGUAGAUAAUCAUUGAUGAGUAAUGGUUUGAUUUUAUUAGUAACCUUCUAGACACUUAAUGAAUAAUUCAAAUGAAAGUUACUCCAUAAUGUAUCACCCAUAAUCCAAAUGACAUGGGUUAGAUUGUCAGUCAUAUGAGAACCACCCAAGUUAGCCCAAGGUCUGUCCACUAAUUAAAGGCUGAUAGUUUUCUUCUCUAAAGCCACAGGACUCAAGCAAAGGUUUCAAUGAGAAGGAAUAUGAGAGGAAUCUACGAGGCAUUACUUACAUGAAGAUGAGCUUAAGGGAAAACAAAAGUCUAUUUAUGUUUAACUAAUAUGGACCACUUUGCAAAGAAAGUAUGUUAAGAUCACUCAAUAUAGUUUAUGUUAAAGAGUCAGUUUUGUAGAUGAGAACUGUAUUCCCUUUCCUUCAAAGACUUAUUUGCUGAGUCUUGGUCGAAAAUUUAACACUAAAGUGGCUUUCAAUCUCUGUUCUUAUUGUUAUGUACCGUUCAUACGUUCCCCAUAUGAAAGUCCACUCAGGCAUCAUCUUGGCCUUGAAACGAGAUGAACAGGAGAAAAAGUUUAGGACGAUUUGAUGAAGAAUAAGAAAAGUCAUAGAUGUCCAUUUCCAUUUGAUUGAUUUUUCUUCCAAGCAGCUCACUAUUUGCUUGUUAUGACCAUUUUUAUGAUUUACUGUUUUUUUCUCUUAUGCCAUAGAUAUGAUAUUGGAAAUACUUUUUACCCGCCUCCUUUAUGACAUAGGUUUAUGUGUUGAUCAACUUCCAAAAGAAGGGAUAUUUCUAAUUAUGUGCACAGACAAAUGAAAGAGGUGAUCGUGAGGGUAAUUAGGUGAUAUCUAAUAUGACUGUGACACAUCACAACUUUAAAAAUCUAUAUCUAUCUUUCUUUCCGUUUAUCAGAUUGUUUUUUCACACUUUCUCAAAUCUAUGUUUGUACAUGCAUUUUGGUUAUGACCUUGGCGGGAAUGCUUGGAAGAUAACUCCUCCUAAAAACUCAAGAUUAUUGAUAUUGUUUAUUGUAAAUCUGCUCUAUACACAUUAACCAUUGAUUUGGUACAAGAAUUGGCUCCUAAGAGAGGAGCCCAAUUUUAGUGUAAUUAUCUCUUUAAGGAUAAUGUGAAAUGUGAUACUCUAAGAAGUUCAUAAUGUGUAUAUGGUGGAUUUUUAUAUCGCUCAGAUCUAACUUUUUACACCUGGGAUCUAUACCUUUCAGAAGUUUCACUCCCAUUUGCUUUUGACUGACUGUCCUGUACUCCAUUGUGCUAUGGAAUAUGUGUACUUUAUUUAUCACACCAUUUCAUGUACGAUUAGUUGCAUAGACCUCUAAACUUUAGUGUGUAUUAUCAUAGGAAUAUCAAGUAAAUAAGUAAGCGUAAAGUCUAUAUAUAUAUAUAUAUAUAUAUUAUAUGUAGGUCAAAUGUUAUUCUGCGUGAAUUUGGACCAAGUACGUCCAAAAGCAGAAAGCGACCCGACAAUUUAAACAAUGCUUAUUUUGGACCAGGGGGAGGUGUUGCAUUGCACUGCUGGCUCACCACCAAGAGGGAGUAUUGUUCAUAACCACUGACGACAGGUGGAAGAUCAACUGAUGAUCCCCCUGGUUGUGCAAGAGACAGUUACCACCAUAGUCUCUUGUUUUCUUAAACUUUAUCUUUAAUCAUUAUAUCCCCAGAACGGUUUUAAGUGUGAACUGAUUUUGAAGUCAAGUCUGUCAAAUUUCAAUAUUUGUUAUGGCAGUACUUAUUACAAGACUCAUCACAGGUAUAUAUUUUCAUACCGUCAUCUAAUAUUUAGCACCAUCAGGAGAGGAAACAUGUAUUUCAUUUGUAAUUUGUUCUUUAUUUGGACUUCAAACUAUAAUGUGCAUGAACCGUGUAAGUAGAAGUGAUUAAAUCUGAGAGUAAUUAGGCCAAGGACACAAAAUCUUCCCUCCUCCCGACCUAAAAAUCAAUGAUGUCUUUUUUUUAUUGCAACUUCUUAAGAACUUUUUAAAUGAUGAAGUGAGUAGAGUUGGAGAGGUUAGGUCGAAGGUCAAUAUAUAUGAGAACAUUAAUAGUUCAUAAAUGUGCAAUUAUAUUAAAAUGAAAUUAUUUAGUGGAACAAUGUUAAUGAUAAUGAAGUGAAUUUAGGCAGAGGCAUAUUGUAGACAAAGUCAUAUUCUGGAUGAAAUAUAGAACCAAGAAAACGGCACAAUUUUUUUGAAAAACUUUCUCUCCAAGGAGAAUCAUGAAUUGCUAAAUAAAAGCAGUCUGUAGCUUGUUAUCUUAAAAGCAUGUAGAGCUUAUCUUUACCAUUUUCAUUCCCCAAAAAAAAAACACAACACCCAAAACAAAACCUAAGUUAGGAUAUUGAAGCAAAAUAAAACAUUGAUGCACUACAUAGCUGUUCAUAACACUUGAUAAUUUCCUUACAAGGUAUAUGAUUUGGGUGAGAGAAAUAUAUUAAAAAAUAUAAAGAAAAAGCAAGAAAAAUAGAAAAAAGCAAUGAUGGGGGUCAUGACCAGAUAUGUUUUCGCACUUUACUCAAUUUGUUAAUGAUAGUUUAUUGUUCUGUUCUGAUAUACAUGGUUAAUAUUCAAAUCAGAUCAUAAUUACCUAAUAUAAAAUGUACUAUGAAGCAGCA